AUGGCUGAUUCAAGGGUUGGAGAAGGAAAAGUACAAGAUAAACCUAGAAUUUCUCCUUGUACCAAAAGGAUGCCACGAGGCAAAGUUCAGCGCUGGCAAGAUAAGCGAGCUCGGCUCCUCUCAAGCAUCCACGGAGCGGCCGCGGAGCUGGGCAGCAGGAGCCCCACGAGCUCUCGGCUGGCUCCGCCCCCGCCCCCGGCAGGCCGGAUCCACACAGGUUUACAGCACCAAAUAAUCUGGCCCUGUCAGCCCAGCUGCAUUCCUCUGGAUGAAAAACUCCUGCCCCAGCUUCUAAAAGAAGCAGGCUACACUACGCAUAUGGUCGGAAAAUGGCACCUGGGAAUGUACCGGAAAGAAUGCCUUCCAACCCGCCGAGGAUUUGAUAGCUACUUCGGGUAUCUCCUAGGUAGUGAAGAUUACUAUUCUCAUGAGCGCUGCACAUUCAUCGAGGCUCUGAACGUCACACGAUGUGCUCUUGAUUUUCGAGAUGGUGAAGAAGUUGCAACAGGAUAUAAAAAUAUGUAUUCAACAAAUGUAUUUACCGAAAGGGCGAUAGCCCUCAUAGCUAACCAUCCACCAGAGAAGCCUCUAUUUCUCUACCUUGCUCUCCAGUCUGUCCACCAGCCCCUGCAGGUCCCUGAAGAAUACCUGAAACCAUACGACUUUAUCCAAGACAAGAACAGGCGUCACUAUGCAGGAAUGGUGACCCUUAUGGAUGAAGCAGUGGGAAAUGUCACCGCAGCCUUAAAAAGCCGUGGGCUCUGGAACAACACGGUGUUCAUCUUCUCCACAGAUAAUGGAGGGCAGACUUUGGCAGGGGGCAAUAACUGGCCCCUUCGAGGAAGGAAAUGGAGCCUGUGGGAAGGAGGCGUUCGAGGCGUGGGCUUCGUGGCAAGCCCGUUGCUGAAACAGAAAGGUGUGAAGAACCGGGAGCUCAUCCACAUUUCUGACUGGCUGCCGACUCUCGUGAGGCUGGGCGGGGGCAGCACAAAUGGCACCAAGCCUCUGGAUGGCUUCGAUGUGUGGAAAACCAUCAGUGAAGGAAGCCCGUCCCCCAGAGUGGAGCUGCUACAUAACAUCGACCCAUACUUUGUAGACAAUUCACCAUGUCCUGGGAAGAGCAUGUCUCCAGAAAAGUAUGAUUCUUCUCUUCCAGAAUAUUCGGCCUUCAACACAUCUAUCCAUGCUGCAAUCAGACACAGGAACUGGAAACUCCUCACUGGCUACCCAGGCUGUGGUUACUGGUUCCCUCCACCAUCUCAGUACAAUGGUUCUGCGAUACCCCCACUAGACCCACCGACCAAGACCUUCUGGCUCUUUGAUAUUGAUCGGGACCCAGAAGAAAGACAUGACCUGUCGAGAGAAUAUCCUCAUGUCGUCCAGCAGCUCCUCUCCCGUCUGCAGUUCUACCACAAACACUCAGUGCCCGUGUACUUCCCGGCACAAGACCCCCGCUGUGACCCCAAGAGCACUGGGGCUUGGGGCCCUUGGAUGUAGGAUGUCAGGCGGCCUGGGGAGCAGGAAAACCUCUCUGUUGCAAGUUGGACGUCAGGCCUUUUCUUGUGUGACUCUUUUCUCAUUUGUUCUCCCCACCUGUGUUCAUCCAGCCUUUCUCUCAUUCCUAAACCACAUGAGGUGUCUAAUUUCAACCCCUAGUGCAUGUAAGAAGCUGAUAAAAUCUGGAACACUCCUGCUGCUGGCUGGGGCAUGUGUCUAGAGGAGAGGGUGACUGGGUUCAUCCCCUUUUUCCUGAGCUCUGGGGCAGCUGGAACUUGAUUUAAAAUAGGAAGUUAUUGAGUCCUGGCGGCUGGAGCAGCUGGCUCUUUUUGUCUCACAAGUCAGAUGUUAGAUUCCCCUCUGCCCAUAGCCAGGUUUUAUUGGAGUGACUCACAUUUUUUGUAACAAAUGAAGGGAGCAGACAAUUGUUAAUGGUUCUGUUGGCCGCAGGCUCUCCCUUUCUGUGAGAGAUUGUGUUCAGGCAUUCCAUGUGAGUAACCCGCCUCAGUUCACCCCUCACUGCCUCAUCUCGUUCCUCACCUUGUCACUCAUCCGUCACGGAGCAUGAGGCCCAUUUCGUUGUUAAGGUCAGCAUGGCAAUAUGCCUACUCCUUGGUUUUGGUUUUUACAAUAAAGAAAUGUGUUUUUAUCCCCAAGUUUUUUCCCAGCUGUUGCUCAUUUUAUCUAGACCUCCUGCUGCCCCCCACCCCCUAUGGCUCUUUUCCUUCCCUUCCUUUUGACUCAGGCGUUCUGUGCCUGGGAAUGCGGCUUUGCUUCUCCGUCACAAGCACCACUGAUUUUUGGAACACUGCUGAGCCCUGCCUGCCUUUUGCCCCAAACACUGAAGCUAGAGCCCUGCCCAGAGAAGGUGGUUGAGUAUGGCUCUGUGAGCCUGCUCACAGUGGACACGAAGAGGGCUGGGUGGGGAUGCCUGGGUCUGUGUCGUCUGUUUGGGGAGGUGUUUUCUAGUGGAGUGGAGUUUAUUAUCAUGAAGGCGGCUUUGUCUCAUAAUAUAUUGAGUUGCACUGCUGUUCCCUAGCAGUGAGGAGAAGCCUUGGGAAGGAUAACGUUGUCGUCAGGUGAUGGAAAGGGCGGUAUGGAAAAGGAAAUGGCCAGCAUCUGGGAUACUGGGCCCUGGUAAAGCAAAGGAGGGCACAUCCACAUUUCUCUCAUUCUCUCAGUUUCACUGCUUGUGUUGAGGUUCUGGGGGCAGGGAAAGGAGAUGCACAGAAGGACCUGCCAGCCCUUUCUCAUUCCCACUAACAUCUUACUGAUACAGAUCAGUCCA